AUGGCUUCACCGUCUCAAAGCAGUCCAGCCACGACAGGAACGACAAACGCUAUCGGCGGUACAGGUACAAAAGCUACUUCUGGUACUGGUUCCACAGCUGGCACAACAUCUUCAUCUGGCAAUAGUGGGACAGAUAGCACUACCCAGCUCCUAACUAAACCUCGGCUGCAGGAACUGGUUCGCGAAAUAGACCCUACGGAACAGCUAGACGAAGAGGUGGAAGAGCUGUUGUUACAAAUAGCGGACGAUUUUGUAGAGAACACGGUGAAUGCCGCUUGCCUGUUAGCCAAACAUCGCAAGGUCGCGAAGGUAGAAGUACGUGAUGUACAGUUGCAUCUAGAACGCAACUGGAACAUGUGGAUUCCUGGCUUUGGUACGGAUGAAUUAAGACCGUAUAAGAGAGCGACCGUGACCGAAGCCCACAAACAACGAUUGGCUCUAAUAAGGAAAGCCAUAAAGAAAUACUAG